UCGGAGAGAGGGAGUGGGAGAGAGCCAGAACAGAAGGAAGGAACAAUAGAGAAUCAAAGCAUAAUGAUAUUCCUAAAUGAAGAGGGAAAUGUUGCCGCGCUCAUUUUAUUAAUCAGACUGUCAAUUUCACCCCAGAGGCCAACCCCAGGAGCCAUCUAAAACAGACUCAGAUCAGAAGCUGCUCUCCUCACUUCUCCUCUCUCUCUCCACCUGGAUGUACGCGUCUGGCCGAUCAAGGGCCGACUCUAUCAAGCGAUGACAGUCUCUCUCCUAUUUAUUUGCUUAUAAACCUGUUACAAUAAAUGAUCAUUCGAGCCGCGUCACGCGCACCUUUAACGACGAAGGCGCAAACCACUUUUUGAUGAAUGACUUUCUGGACCAGAGAGGAUGCGCGGGUCAUUUUGAGCAGUCAUUCGUCGCCCGCGUACCGGCAUUCCUCUGUUUUUUUUUCCUGCUUCCAGCUCAUAAAGGUGUUAUAUUAUUUAGAGGCGGCAGCUGAGCUGAAUGCGGAUUAGAUCCGCCACCAGUCAUCGGAGCACCAGCCCUGGGACUUUGGAUUUUUUCUGCACGACUUCAUGAUGGAGAGGAUAAGAAAAGAAAUGAUUCUGAUGGAAAGGGGACUACACAGUCCAGUGGCGGGAAAGAGGCUCUCCAACCUCUCCGACUCGGCCGGGAACGCGGUGCUCGAGGCCCUGGAAAAUUCUCAGCACGCGGGUCGCCUCAGUCCGAGAAUAACUUCUGCCUCGCUGCAUGGCAGCCUCGGGGAUAUUCCCACCAAAGGCAAGUUCGAAAUCGACAGCUUGUUUGGGAACCACCACGGCGACAACACCUCCUCCACGGAAGUGUCGUCCUCCGAAAGCAGGAAGAAAAUAAACCUGUACCCCGAAGUUUCUCCCGACUCCGACAUGAACAGCGACGUGGAAGUGGGCUGCCCGUCUCACCGAUCACCGGGCAGCAUCAGCCAGCAGAAGGAAAACAACAGCAAAGGUUUUUCCGACAGUAAUUCGGGAACCUCCAAUACGAGUUCGUCGUCUCUAUCGAAUAUUAACGGUUCCAUCGGUAACUCCGGCAGCUCGAGCUCGGACCAGGUGAGGAGGUACCGGACUGCGUUUACCCGGGAACAGAUCGGAAGACUGGAGAAAGAGUUUUACAGGGAAAACUACGUCUCGAGACCCAGGAGAUGUGAACUGGCCGCGGCAUUAAAUUUACCCGAAACGACGAUAAAGGUGUGGUUUCAGAACCGACGAAUGAAGGACAAGCGGCAGCGGCUCGCCAUGUCCUGGCCACAUCCCGCCGAUCCCAGCUUCUACACCUAUAUGAUGACGCACGCGGCCGCCACCGGAAGUCUGCCUUACCCUUUCCAUUCCCACAUGCCACUACACUAUUACCCCCAUGUCGGUGUCACGGCAGCAGCUGCCGCGGCAGCCGCCUCAGGAGCCGCCUCUUCACCUUUUGCUACCUCUAUACGUCCCCUCGAUACUUUCCGUGCGCUUUCUCAUCCGUAUUCGCGCCCAGAGCUGUUGUGUAGUUUCCGGCACCCAGGACUAUACCAGUCACCGGCGGGUCUGAACAGCUCCGCGGCGGCGUCGGCGGCGGCGGCGGCUGCGGCGGCCGCUGCGGCGGUGAGCGCGCCUUCGGCCGCGGGGCCGUGCUCGUGUCUCAGCUGCCACAGCAGCCAGGCCGCCAGCGCUCUGGGCUCCAGGAGCGCCGGCUCUGAUUUCACCUGCACAGCGACAGGGCAGAGGUCCGAGAGCGGAUUUUUGCCAUACUCGGCAGCGGUUCUCAGCAAAACCGCGGUGCCCUCGCCGGACCAGAGAGAAGAAAGCGCGCUCAAUAGAUAGCUUAGCACCGGCACACGCUCUUUUAUUUGAAGCACAUGCGGUUAUUAUUAUUAUUAUUAUUAUUAUUUAUUUUUGUUAAAUUGCGGGACGGCAUUUCCAUUCCAGUAAGGCCUGUAGCGCCCAGAAUUAUAUAAGAAAACUAUUUAAAAUACACUGUUAUUGAAAUCAAGGCCUUUUUUUAAACGCGUCAAAACACUGCGUUAUAGAACGAGCGUUUUUGAUUUAUUGUUUUUAAAACGCGAGUAGCAUAGAAAUUAUUUUAUUUAUUCUUAUUUAUUACGCAGAUAUCCUUUUCGAUUAGACCGGACUACAGUUUAGAGGAUAUACACUGGUUGUGCCACUUCAGCAUCGGUUAAGGGACCAGGCGUAGGAGAAGGAUGCUCUUCUGAAAGUGCUGCUGCUCGAGGGACUCUCUCUCUCUCUCUCUCUCUCUCUCUCUCUUUUUCCCUCUUUCUCUCUCCCAGACGCAGGAGUGCGGCGCGUAAAACCCGCACUGCUGCCGCAAUGUCAAUUCUGCUGUUAAUAAUGUGAAGAUUAUGACGAAAAUUGCCAAUCAUGUACCUUGAUGGACCUCCUUUGAAUGUGGAAACGUAAGAAAGUUCCCGUUCCGAGACUCGCUGUCAAAGCAUAACAACCCGCCGUGGGAAGUCAUUAGACGAGAUAGAUAAAAGACCUUGAGCAUCUCGCGUUGUUCUCGGUGUGUAGAUUGUACAGUAUUAAACGUGGUAUUCGUUACCUGAGAUUUCUUUUUUUAUUAUUAUUUUAAAAAAAAAAAUUCCCUUUCCACCGAGUCCUAUUUCCAAUCUUCUUAUUGGAACGCUGGUCGGCCUGGGUAGACUUUUUUUUUUCUCAGAGAUGUUCCGCUGAUGCGAGCAGUCUCAUUAAAUCCAAACCGAUAUUUCCAUAAUACUCCCAGUAGAGACUCUUCACUCACAAUAUAAUGGGAUUAUCCACACAACCCCAAACUUCAGACAAAUUGCUCAUGCAUUUCUGUCUGCAUACAUAUUUUUUUUUUUGGUCACCGGGCGGAAUUCUGCCUUACAUAAAACCACAUUUUUAAAAAUAGCGAAAUAGCACUUGUACAGAUCAAACGGUGAGAUAUUUUAUCACAACACGCACAGUCACGUUUAAAUUGUAUUAAACCGAAAUUUUGACACGGAUUUUUUUUUUAAAUAUGUUAUUUAAUUUACGUGAGUUGCUGGGUGUUUAUUUAACGAUUGCUUUAGGCAUAUAAACAAUCUGACUUUGAUUCUGACUACAGAACGAUUUAAAAAAAAUACAAUAUUAGGCCCGAAAUCAUGUUGCAAGCCGGGAUGGUCACUCAUUGUAUAUAAAGCACAUCGCAUCGCUGUUUCCAUUUCAAAUGAAAAAAAAAAAAAAGAAAAUUAAAAAUAAAAACAUUUUUUUUUACCAUCACCGAGUUGUCGCGCGGGGCUGGCCGCCGUCUGUUCAAUAAACGACAAUACUAAAAUCCCAGUGUUUUUGCUCCUCUCCCAAGGGUUGCCGUGAUACACGACUCUGUACAUUACGUCUCUGUAUUUUACAUAUUGCCGACUGUAUGAAUUUUCAUAUUUUCACUUGAGAAAAAUGUGCAAUAUAAAAAUGUAUAUUAUGUUAUUUAUUGAUGGUGUUGUUCUUGGAAAAUAAAUAUUUAA